GAUAAACUAUUUUGGAGUGAUUUUGUUCUUUUACCCUCUAUUCCUACAUACAGUACAUCCUUUCAGACUUCCUCUUGCAUCCAGGAUCGUACAUAUUAAUUAUAUUGUUGAUUAAUUGCUAAAAUGUCGGCAUUAUGGUAAAAGUAGUUUUUUGAAUUGUUUUUGUCUGUUCAGUUUCUUUCGGUCAACGAUUACCAGCAUCCAAUCUCCAUGAAGAAAAUGACGAUUCCAACGAGCAAAGAGUUCCUGAAAGUAUUUUCCCCAUAUCAGUCCAACGGACACAUAUAAAAAACUAAAAGAAAAACCAGAAGAGGAAGUACCGAAAAUCUUCAAGAGUCUUGCUUACCCCUUCACCAUUCAUAAACAUCCAGUUUGGUGGAUGUUUUAUGAAUAGGGAAGGGGUAACCAAGUGCUCCAUGGCCAGUGCUCCUUGGUGCACUUCACUGGCUUAUGAAACUUGUCAAGUGGCUCAAAAUGUUAAUGACACCAUCGACGAAUGUCUGUUUCCCAUGAAUGAUGAGGACAAGUUGUAUUUUGAUUACCUUGAGAAAGCGUACGAAGCAUUUAUUUACGGUCAAGACUUAGAUAAUCUGGAUGAUUACACAGAAGCACUAUAUGAAGAACUGAGAAACAAGAAUGCUCCACUUAUUGCUGAAAACGAAGAGCUGAGUCACGAAAACAAGCUACUGGAGGAAGAACUGGCGAGACUUGAAAGUGAACCGGUGGUGAGACUUGAAAGUGAACGCACUCGUCCUUCAGACUCGUGCAAUUUCGAUAGUCUUUGA